AUGCUUUUUGAAAUUCAAGAUAAUAAGGACAGUAAGCAUCUUAGGCUUCAUGCUGGUGCUAUGAUUAUAACCCGUUCAGUCAAGCCUAGUACUGGUGACUCUGUCGAGCUACAUAGUCAUGGAGGUCUUUCAGGAGGUAGGUUUAACAUCUCAAAUGACAAAUUUUACUCAAAUAGGAAAUCUUCCCAGCAGGUGAAAUCACAUAUGAAGAAGCGUACAGCUCAUGGUCUCAAAGUUCUGCAUUCAAUUCCAACACUUAAGCUGCAGACGAUGAAAGUUAAGCUAAGCAAUAAAGAUAUUGCUAAUUUCCAUCGACCAAAAGCUUUAUGGUAUCCUCAUGAUAAUGAGGUGGCACUGAAAGAACAAGAGAAGCUGUCUACGCAAGGACCUAUGAAGGUCAUAUUAAAGAGUUUGGGAGGCAAAGGAUGUAAACUUCAUGUGGAUGGCGAGGAGACCAUCUCUUCAGUUAAAGCUAAAGCUUCAAAGAAACUAGAUUUUAAAUUGUCUGAGCCAGUGAAAGUGGUUUAUUCUGGAAAGGAGCUAGAAGACCACAAGGCUCUUGCUGCACAAAAUGGCACAAAAAAUCCUGGUGAGAACAAGUCUUUGCGUCCUCCUGGGGCAUUUAAGAAGAAGUCCGAUCUUUCAGUAAAGGAUGGUCAUGUCUUUCUGAUGGAAUACUGUGAAGAAAGACCUUUACUCCUGGGAAAUGUGGGAAUGGGUGCAAGACUGUGCACUUACUACCAAAAGUCUGCCCCUGGUGAUCAAACAGGGAACUUAAUGCGAAAUGGGAAUAACGGAUUGGGGAGUGUUUUAAUCCUAGAUCCUGCUGAUAAAUCCCCUUUUUGGGGACAUAAAACCUGGUUGCAGUCAAUCAUCUCUCGAAACCAAUAUGAGCCUCACAUCGAGGUAAUGUCUCCUGGAUCAAAAAGUGUUCAAACAUACAUUAUGAACAGGUUGAUGGUGUACAUGUAUCGUGAGUUUUCUGCUGCUGAGAAGCGUGGGUUACGGCCUUCUAUACGCGCUGAUGAGUUGUCUGCACAGUUUCCCAGCCUGUCAGAAGCAUUUCUUCGGAAAAGGCUAAAACAUUGUGCUGAUUUGCAGAGAGGAUCAAUGGACAGCUUCUUGGGCUAUGAGGCGCAAUUUCCGCAUUCCUUUGGAGGAGGAACUAAGGAGGAUGUGGUGACACCAGAGAAUGUUUGUGCCUAUGAAAGCAUGCAAGCUGGCUUGUACAGGCUCAAGCGGUUGGGAAUUACUAGGUUAACUUCACCAACAGGCCUGUCAUCUGCAAUGAAUCAGCUUCCAGAUGAAGCUAUUGCGUUAGCUGCUGCAUCUCAUAUUGAAAGGGAGCUGCAAAUAACACCAUGGAACUUGAGUAGCAACUUUGUUGCCUGCACAAAUCAGGACAGGGAAAAUAUUGAACGUUUGGAAAUUACAGGUGUUGGUGAUCCAUCUGGACGUGGGCUAGGUUUCAGUUUUGUUCGUAAUACUCCUAAGGCACCUGUAUCAAAUACAAUGGUGAAGAAAAAGGCAGUUGUUGGUAAAGGUUCAACAGUAACCGGUACCGAUGCCGAUCUACGCAGAUUGAGCAUGGAAGCUGCACGAGAGGUUCUCCUCAAAUUCAAUGUACCAGAGGAGCAAAUAGCUAAGCAGACUAGGUGGCAUCGAAUUGCUAUGAUUCGGAAGCUUUCAACUGCAGCAGCAGACGAGAGAAAAAUGUCAGGAAAUAUGGAUCGACAAGUUCAAAGUCUUUCUGCUGUUGAGGGUGAAGAAAAUGAAAGUGACUCUGAAGCCAACAGUGACCUAGAUUCCUUUGCUGGGGAUUUGGAAAAUCUUCUGGAUGCAGAAGAGUGUGAAGAUGGUGAAGAUGGUAAUAAUGUUUCCAAGAAUGAUAUCAUUGAUGGGGUUAAGGGGAUUAAGAUGAGAAGGCGACCUUUCCAAGCACAGGCAGAGGAGGAAAUUGAAGAUGAGGCUGCUGAAGCAGCUGAGUUGUGCAGAAUGCUUAUGGAUGAUGAUGAAGCUGAUAGAAAGAAGAAGAAAAAAGUUAAAGUUGGAGGGGACCAAGUUCGGUUGGGUUCAGUCUCGCAAUUGAAGCUUGGUGUUGAGAAUGUUGAGCGAAUACAGAAAACGAACAAUAAUGAGGAGAUAGUCAGUGACAUUGACUGGUGGAGGUUGCAGGAUGCAUGGUGUUCUGACGAGAAUAUUUCAGCUAAAAAGAACUUAUCCGGGAAACUUAAAGCAAAGAAGAAGAAUGACAUUGAACAGAUGGAGCUUCUAAAAAAGAAAGUUAAAAUAUUGGUGAUGGAAUUAAGGUAUCUCUCUUUGUUACUGGAUGUCCCUGUCUUGUUGCUGUGUGAUGGGAACAAUUCUGUGUUUCAUUCAUUUUAUACCAUGCUGGCAGAUCAACCCCAGCAGAAAACUUCUACAAAGAAGCUCAUACAGAAAAGUGCAACCAAAAUUGCUGUGGUUGAAGCCCACGAGGAUGACAAGUCUAGUACAAAGGCAAAAAUUCUGAAGGUCAAAUGUGGCACAACUGACAAACCCCCCGAUAAGCUCACUCCUGCCACAUCACAGAAUUCUGACAAACCUCCACCAACAGAGUCUGAUAGAGACCAGCCUCGCAAGAAAAUCAUAAUCAAACGGCCAAAGGAGGUUAUAAAUGUGGAUGACGGUCGAGAAAUCAAAUAUUUCACUGACCAAGCAGCAAGCAAGAAGAACAGAGAGGAGAAGAGAUGGUUGGAAGAGGAGGAGAAGAGGAGGUUUGCUAUCAGACAAAAAGAAGAAAGAGCCCGAAGAAGAAAUGACAGGAGGAUACCAGACAGAACAGCAAAGAGGAAACCAGGACCUGAUACCGGAAGAUACAGUGCUGGCUAUGGCCCAGCAACAAAGCGCAGACGAGGGGGAGAGAUGUUGAAAUCUGCUUCAUCCAUAGGACUCUCACCCUCACCCCUCCUCCCCCCACCCUGUGAAAACCUGAGCAAUGAUUUGGAGCUUGCUACCAUCAUUCAAUGGAUGGUUGGCUUGUCAAACAUCCUGGAAAGCAUUGUGGAGACUCUCAAGGAGAAGCAAGAGAUUUCCUAUCUUUUUUUAAAGCCAGUUUCCAAGAAGGACGCUCCUGACUACCUUGAUAUCAUAAAGCGACGAUGGAUCUGUCCACAAUCCGUGAAAAGACGCAACCCAGGUAUUCCUCCAUUGGCUGAUCAGCUUCUGGAGCUUUGUGACUAUUUAUUAGAUUUGAAUGAUGCUGACUUAAGGGAAGCUGAAGCUGGUAUUGAACAUGGAGAUUGA